AAAAUUAAUUGUUCUUGUUAAGUCUAGUAAUUCUUUAUGAAUUUCCUGGAGUGGGAUUCUAAGUUUUAUCAUUUUAAUGUUGAUAUUCUUCUUUAAAUUCUCGAAAUUAGAAUUUAUUUUCCUUUGUGCAUUGUUGUUAUAAAUUAUAUCAUUCAAUGUGUCCUUUAUUUCAAUCAAAUCGUCGUGGUCUUUAACUCCUGUUAUACAUUUUAAUGCGGUCUCUAAAAUAUCUAUGGAUUUACGUUUACUAUUUGUUAGUAGUUGGUUCUUCAAAAUCGCUAUCCUAUUUAUUAGCGUUUCGCCUGUGACAACUAAUAUCCCUUGCACUUGCAGCAUUUCCUGUAUUUGAUGAUACGGGGCGAGGAUACCGGUCAGAUUUUUCAUGUGGAAAAAGUACUUUUCCUUCUCGUAUACGUGUGAUGGUCUGAUUCGGUUAAUACGAAUUUCUUGUCCUGUAGACUUGUUAUUUUCUGUGCCGUUGUGCUGGACAUCAGGAUUGUUAUUAGGAGGAACUCGAUGUGAUUCAUCUUUAGUUUUGUUCGUGCGAAGGUUGUCUUUAUGUAUAAUCCUCCCUUUGGUAGAGUCGUGUUCUCAUGGUUUUCCUUCACUGUUUGCUUGAUAUAUAGGCGUGUAAACUUCUCACGGCGAUUCUGUUUUUCUUACACUUCUUCUGGUAAAUACGCUUUAUUUUUUCUUCCUUUGUUAUAGUAAUUGAGCGUGAUGUUUUUCAAUGAGGUUUUUUACUUCACUUGUUUUACUCCUUUCAAAAAAUAUAUCGACUGGUCUGUGAUUUGUCAUUGAAUGUAUCAUGCGAUUGUAUUCUUUCACUGCUGUGAGUUCGAGGUAUGACAAUUAAGUAAUGAGACUGAUUCCAUAAAAACCGUAUGUUUGAAAAUUAUUCUACAACUCUGCCAUCCCCUUCAAAAUAGUCCCCCUGGGCAGCUAUACAGCGAUUCCAGCGUGUUUUCCAUGCUUCGUAACAUUUCUGGAACGCUUCGACUGGGAUGUCCGCGAAUACCCUCGUCACGGCCGCUUGGAUGUCCGUAAUCGACUCAAAAUGGGUUCCUUUGACCACCGAUUUUGUUUUAGGAAACAAAAAAAGUCACAGGGUGACAUUUCGGUCGAAUAAGGCCGCUGUUGCAACACGGAGAUCUCUUUAUUGGCCAAAUACUGGGACACGCUGAGGGCAGUGUGGCACUGCCCGUUGUCGUGAUGAAGGAUCCAGCGAUGUCUGGACGCACCCUGUUGACUCGUUUUCGCAAUAUUUUGAGUACUUGGCAAUAGUAGACUUGAUUCACAGUUUUCCCCGGUGGAACGAAUUCUUUGUGGACGAUUCCAUGGCUUCGACUGGUCUCCCACUCCGCGCCUCAUCUUCCACGCUUUCACGCCCCUCCUUAAACUCUUUGUGCCAUCGAAACACCUGGGCACGACUAAGAGCACUAUCACCAUACACUCCUACAAUUUUUACGUUUCCGAAGCUGUUCCGCCCAAUCUGGCUCAAAAUUUUAUCGCGACGCGUUGCUCUUGAUUUCGUUUUUUCAUUUUCGUGACGAGCACUACAAACACACGUCUACUCAACUUGACGCAGCAGGCGAACUAAACAAGCUAGGGCGAUGGUACAUACGUAUAUAUCAAUGGAGAGGGGAAGGAUGCCGGAAAAAGAGAAAGGGAAUUUCAAUGUCACAGGUUUACCACAAGCGCGGCAAUAAAAGCAGUCUCAUUACUUAAUUGUCAAACCUCGUAGUUCUUCAUCAGCUGUUGUUCAUCGAGUGCAAUCGUUCAACUUGAGCUUUAAGCCCGGGUCCCACUAUCGGCGCAAGUAGCACAAUUUGUACCGAUUUUUAUUGGUCUACAUCGGCGCAAAGUGCCAAAACAAAAUUGAGUCAAUUUUUAGCAGUCACAUUAUCGGCGCAAAUUGUGUCAUAUUUUAUCGGCGCAUAUCGGCGUUAAACAAUCUGCUACGAUAAUCGGCGCAACGCGGUCACACUGUUGUGCUCAAUCAGCUGUUUGCAGUAAAAGUUUUUAUUUAUUUUAGAACAUGGAUUAUUUGAAGAAGAAAAAAGUUGCAGUUGCUCUGCUUACCAUUGCAACAUUAAAGCUGAAAAAGAAAAAUCAGAAACGUAAAACAAAUCCUAAACAACGUAGUAUCUGGGUGAGAAAUUGGCUGGAAAGAAGAAAUACUAAUGGUGCAUAUGAAACGACUGUACGUGAAUUUUGAGAAGUUGAUAAUCAAAAGUUUCUUUUUAAAAAUUACGUGCGAAUGAACGAAAACAAUUUUAAUGAGUUACUGCAGCUAAUUUCCCCACUGAUUAAAAAAAAAGAUACAUGUUUUCGUGAAGCUAUUCCAGCAAGUCAUCGUUUGGCCUGCACUCUCCGCUUUUUGGCCACGGGCGAUAGCUACAAAAGUCUUUCAGCUUUUUUCCGUAUUGCCCCAAACACUAUCUCAAAAUUUGUUCCUGAAGUUUGUGAUGCGAUUUACAGUCAACUUCGAAAUACUUACCUGAAGAUACCUUCAACAAAAGAAGAAUGGACUGAAGUUGCUUCGAAAUUCGAUUUAUUAUGGAACUUUCCUAACUGCAUAGGAGCAGUUGACGGCAAGCAUGUGGUCAUGAUCGCACCAGCAAAAUCAGGAAGUACGUUUUACAACUACAAAGGAACUCACAGCAUAGUGCUUAUGGCAGUUGUUGAUGCCAGUUAUAAAUAUUUGUAUAUUGACGUCGGCUGCAACGGGCGUAUUUCAGAUGGUGGUGUUUUCAGUAAAUGUUCUCUGCAGUAUGCCCUCGAUACGGAUUCUCUAAAUUUACCACCUCCUCGUCAUUUAUUAGGUCGUGAAAUGAAUGUACCUUUUGUUUUAGUGGCAGACGAUGCAUUUAAAAUGCAAAAUUAUUUGAUGAAGCCGUAUCCUGGUCGCAUUUUAUCUGGUAGCAAACGUAUUUUUAACUAUAGGUUAUCAAGGGCUAGGAGAAUAGUCGAGAACGCAUUUGGAAUCAUGAUGAAGCGCUUCGAAAUCUUUUCACGACCAAUGAAGCUGAAUCCAAAUAAAACAACGAGAGUGACGUUAGCAUGUUGCGCAUUACACAAUUUUUUAAUGACAAAAAAUAUAAGUUAUGCUACAGGAUUGGUAGAUAGCUGCACUGAGGAUGGAAAUAUUAUUAAAGGUGCACGCGUUAAUAUUUCCAUACCUACCUUUGAAAGCGCCACAGAGGAUAUAUCAAUUUCCUACAUAAGCAACGAAGCAAAAACUAUCCGUGAAGAAUUUGAAAACUAUUUCAUGUCACCAGACGGCGAAUUGCCAUGGCAGUAUAAAUUUAUAUAACAAAGCAGACACUUAACAGAAUAUAUGCACUUUUCAUAAUCUUUAAAUAAAUUGUAUUUAUUUGUAUUUAUAAUUCAACAUAUUAUGAUAAACUUUCCUCAUCUUGUUGCAA